AUGUCGCCGAAGUCAACUGUUCCGACGCAGAGCGAUAUUACGCUUGUGCCUGAGAACCUUCUCAAGAAGAGAAAGUCUCAAGAGAAGGCUCGCGAGGAGCGCGCAAUCGCAACUCGGGAAAAGCGAGACAAGAACAAGAAGAAGCGUGAGGUCAUCUUCACCAGAGCGGAGAAGUAUGUCAAGGAAUACCGUGAUGCCGAGAGGGAGCGCAUAAGGCUGUCACGCGAAGCCAAGAAGAGCGAGAGUCUCUAUGUGCCCGAAGAGCCCAAGCUUGCCUUUGUCGUGCGCAUCAAGGGUAUCAACAAGAUUGACCCCAAGAAGCGCAAGACAUUGCAGCUUCUGCGGCUGCUCCAGAUCAACAAUGGCGUCUUCAUCAAGCUUACCAAGGCUACCAUGGAGAUGUUGAAGAUUGUCGAGCCCUUUGUUGCCUAUGGUUACCCGAACCAAAAGUCGGUCCGUGAGCUCAUCUACAAGCGUGGUUAUGGCAAGGUUGACAAGCAACGGAUUCCCUUGACUGACAACGAGAUCAUCGAGGAGAACCUGGGCAAGUACGGCAUGAUCUGUAUGGAAGAUCUGAUCCACGAGAUCUGCACUGUUGGCCCCAACUUCAAGGCGGCGUCCAACUUCCUGUGGCCAUUCAAGCUCAACAGCCCAACGGGCGGCUUCCGCAAGAGGAAGUUUAAGCACUACAUUGAGGGCGGUGACCUGGGCAACCGGGAAGAGAAGAUCAACGAGCUGAUCAGGCAGAUGAACUAG